AACUCAGUUUGCUUUUUACUGCGACUUUCAUUUGUAGCAGCAGGGAGAGACGCAGACGGGAUAGUGCUAGAGAUCAGCGUGACCCGGAACCGAGCAACUUCCGAACAGUCACAUUCCACGAAUAUCUGGAGCCGCUGGCAUGAAUUAAACACAUUGGGACGGUUCGUUCUUGAGUAUUCGCGUGCACGGGCGACUUUAUCGGUCGGUUACUUUCCAUUUUUGAUUGUUGCAAGAAAACUCAACCGCCUUGAAUCACAGGCAGGCAAGCAAGGGAAAGCAGAAGUCUCUCAAGUCGCCUCGGGUGCUCGUUCUGCAAGCAUGUCGCAGAAAGAAAGACCCACUUUCUAUCGACAGGAGGUCAACAAGACGAUAUGGGAGGUCCCUGUGCGAUAUCAGAACUUGUCUCCUGUCGGCUCUGGUGCAUAUGGAACUGUUUGCUCUGCAUAUGAUGGAAAGUCCGGAUUGAAGGUCGCCGUGAAGAAGCUGUCGAGGCCAUUUCAGUCCAUCAUCCAUGCAAAGCGGACCUACAGGGAAUUGCGGCUACUCAAGCAUAUGAAACAUGAGAAUGUGAUCGGCCUGCUGGAUGUUUUCACACCUGCUACCUCCCUGGAGGAGUUUAAUGAUGUGUACCUGGUGACUCAUCUUAUGGGAGCUGACCUGAAUAAUAUUGUGAAGUGUCAGAAGCUGACCGAUGAUCAUGUUCAGUUCCUUAUUUACCAGAUCCUGCGAGGGCUUAAGUACAUCCAUUCGGCUGACAUAAUUCACAGGGACUUGAAACCCAGUAAUCUGGCAGUAAAUGAAGACUGUGAACUUAAGAUCCUUGACUUUGGUCUGGCUCGACACACAGAUGAUGAGAUGACAGGCUAUGUGGCCACAAGGUGGUACCGCGCCCCAGAGAUCAUGCUCAACUGGAUGCACUACAACAUGACAGUGGACAUUUGGUCAGUGGGCUGUAUCAUGGCUGAGCUGUUGACAGGCAGGACUCUGUUCCCUGGCACAGAUCAUAUAAACCAGCUUCAACAGAUAAUGCGACUUACAGGAACUCCACCUGCCUCUCUAAUAAGCAGGAUGCCUAGCCAUGAGGCUCGUACUUACAUCAACUCGCUUCCUCAGAUGGCCAAGAGGAAUUUUGCUGAUGUGUUUAUCGGGGCUAAUCCACUAGCUGUGGACCUUCUGGAGAAGAUGCUAGUUUUGGACACAGAUAAGCGCAUCACCGCAGCGGAGGCUCUGGCGCAUCCGUACUUUGCCCAGUACCAUGACCCAGAUGAUGAACCUGAGGCUGAACCUUUCGACCAGAGUUUUGAGAGCCAAGAGCUUGAUAUUGAAGAGUGGAAACGUCAAACAUAUGAGGAGGUGAUCAGUUUUGAGCCACCAGUCUUUGACGGAGAUGAAAUGGAAUCUUGACAUUUUCUUCUGGAUGGAAAUCAAACCAACUGUACUACUUAUACAGUAAUGCUGUAAUUUUGCAGUAUUGUGAUCAGCCAGUCAGUAGGAUGUUUGACUUUUCUUUUUCUUUCUUUACAAAAUAAAAAUAAAAAAUGUCUGCUGGGCCAAACAGAAGGAAUAGAUGCCAUAGAAAAUCAGUGAAUCUCUCCAAAAGUAUUGAGUCUGAUAAUAAGAAUAUCAACCACUUAUUUUUUUUAACAGUUUGCUCUGGUCUGUUUUAUGAUGUUCAUGUAUGACAUUCAUGCAAGGCCAUUUGUAAAUGUAAUAUCUCCCUGAAAUUUCUUAGUAUUUAGUUGUGCUGUUAUAAUGUUCUUUUUGUGUAUGACAUGUAUCACAUUUGCAGUAUAUUAAGUUUUAUAAAAUGUUCAGAAAACAUUGUUUAAACAGUGAAAAACAGUGUAAUAAUUUAGUUUCUGUUAAUAUGUAUUUUCCCCCAAUCAAAUAAUGAGCAUUGUAUUUAAUGAUUACAGUAUGAUCUUUAUUAAUCAGUUCAAAAAAGAUGGGAUUUGUUGGUAGUCUCUUUGGGUAGAGCUAGAAAGAAAAAUGUAAAUUGUUGCAGUGGGUAUUAGUGAUAUGUUCAGGCUAUUUGUAAAUAUACGUUUCAUAAAGCUUUUGGAUUCUGUAGCUGUUUUAUUUCUGAUCUUUUUCACAUCUUUUGUGUACGUUUCCUGGGGAGUGAAAGUGUGUGUGUGUGUGUGUGUGUGUGUGUGUGUGUGUCCACCUGAUGUUGCUACUGUGAAUUGUAUGCAAUCUGAAAAUAUGAUUUUGUCUCCAGUAGCUGUUUUUUAAAAUGCUGUUAAUUGAAUGUUCGAAUAUGAAAGUAGAGUAAGAUAUUUAUACUGUUGAGGUGGUAUUUAUGAACCUGAAAGGCUGCAACUGUUUUCUUUAGUACCUGACAUAAACAUGGAAUCAAACACACCAUUGUUUACUUAAAAUAAAGGCCGAUAUUUUUCAGAAA